GUUCCAAUUCUUCCCAAAGGUGUUUCAUGGGGUUGAGGUCAGGGCUCUGUGCAGGCCAGUCAAGUUCUUCCAUACCAAUCUCGACAAAUAAUUUCUGUAUGGACCUCGCUUUGUGCACAGGGGCAUUGUCAUGUUGAAACAAGAAAGGACCUUCCCCACACUGUUCCCACAAAUUUGGAAGCAUAGAAUCGUCUAGAAUGUCAUUGUAUGCUGUAGUGUUAAGAUUAGCCUUCAUUCGGACUAAGGGGCCUAGCCCAAACCAUUAUUCCUCCUCCACCAAACUUAGUUGAAUUGGGACAGGUAACAUUCUCCUGUCAGAUGUUGAAGCGUGAUUGAUCACUUCAGAAAACGCGUUUCCACUGCUUUAGAGUCCAAUGGCGGCGAGCUUUAAGUGAAAACUGUAACUAGGCCACUCAGGAACAUUAAAUGUUGUCUUGGUCAGCAACUCCAGUGUAUAUUUGGCAUUGUGUUUUAGGUUAUUGUCCUGCUGAAAGGUGAAUUUUUCUCAAGUGUAAUUAGUAACUUCACCAUGCUCGAUGGGAUAUUCAACAUCUGUUUAGUAUUUUAUUUUUUAAAUAUUUUUUUUUACCCAUCUAACUACAAAUCGAUGGAUGCCCUACAUAAGGCAUUGGACAACCUCCCUGGGCUUUGAAUUUGCUUUUUGAAAUUCACUCCUCGAUUCAGGGACCUUACAGAUACUUGUAAGUGUUGGGACGGAGAUGAGGUUGUCAUAAAGAAAUCAUAUUAGACACUAUUAUUGCACGUAGAAUGAGUCCAUGUGACUUGUUGAGCACAUUUUUACUCCUGAACUUAUGGUAAGCCUCAAUAACAAAGGUGUUGAAUACUUAUUGACUCAAGACUAUUCAACUUUUCAAUUCUAUUAGUUUGUAAAAAUGUCUAAAAACAUAAUUCCACUUUGACAUGAAAGGGUAUUGUAUGAAGGGCAGUAACAAAAAAUCUAAAUGGAAUACAUUUUAAAUUCAGGCUGUAACACAAAAAAAGAGUCAAGGGGUGUGAAUACUUAAGGCAGUUUAUAUAUUUUCUUAGAGUCCAACCUGUAUGUAUCUGUUGGUGUUAUGCCUAAUUUGUACUAUAGUUUGGGUGCUUUGAUGUGAUUGGAGUGAUUUGUAUUUGGCCUUACCUGAUGUCAUUAUAUGAAUUCUCUGCUGCUGUGAAACCUUCUGGUUGUGUCUAGAGGUUGAUGCAGUGAAUGUGCACUUGGGCAGUCUUACUGUUGAUGUUUCUUCAAAAUCCAUGUCUCAAGCACUGUCCACUCUUCUGCAUCUGAAAUCACUCAUUAUUUAUGAAAAUUGAUUUGAUUUUAAAAAGUGAGAAAGCAUUUUUUAAUUUUGAUCAUCAACGGUCUUACUUGGAUUAGCAUUUUAAUCCACUAUAGAAACCCUUUCUGAGUAUGAGAAAAUGUAAUUUAUUAUUUAAUUACCUGAAUUGUGUGUCCACUUGGCAUGUCUAAGGCUGUGUUUACACAGGCAAUCGAAUUCAUAUAUAUAUUUUUUCCGCUAAAUGGUCUUUUGACCAGUCACAUCAGAUCUUUUCUCAGAGCUGAUCUGAUUAGUCAAAAGACCAAUUAGUGAAAAAAUAGAUCAGAAUUAGGCUGCCUGUAUAAAAGCAGGCUUAGCGCUUCAUAUUUUUAUGUAAUGGCUGUGUUGACACGGGCAACCCAAUUUUUCUAUUUUUUUUUUUUUUUUUUACCACUAAUUGGUGUUUUGACCGAUCAGCUCUUUGGUCAAAAGAUCAGAACUGUUCUACCUGUGUAAACACAGCCCUACUGUAUCCCAAUCCCACUGUUACCCAUCAUUCAUGACCUGUUUCAUUUCAUUUAGUUGUGUUAAUGUCCUUGUUUGAAAUUUGGGCUUCACUUUUUUGUAGUUCAUAGAGGUUGCAUCAUUACCUCAUCUUGAUUGCACUGCAGUAGUUUUCAGAGGGAUCAUGCCUGAUGGGAGAUCCUGUAGCUGUUCAGUCAAUACAGUGUGCUCUUAUGAAAGCUGUUUUGGGGUUUAAUAAAUAAGAAUAUGUUGUUACUUAGCCCUUAUAUUACUAGCACAUUAUUUGUUCACCCAAUUUUGAUAUCAGAAGUAAUUUCUGGAAGUGUAUUGACACAUUUGCAAUAACUGUUUAAAAGUCCCCAGUAGUUUUAUCCCAUUUUUAAAGACCACUGCAAUAUUAGGGUGUUACACAUGUUUCUUAUUACAACUUUCCAACAGUUGUUAAUUUUCAUGCAGAGAAUAUUGAGAAUAUCUGUGCUGGCUUGGAUGAUUCUUGGUGUGUGCAUUCAUUACGCUUGUGAUCUUUACAGUAUUAAGUUGUGCAAAAUGAUAAUGUAUGGCAAGUGUUUGUAAAUUAUAUUCAUUCUUGUACAUAUUUUUGUCCAAGCUAAUGAAUGUUGGUUCAUUAUUAACAUUUAUUUUGAAAUAAAAUUUAAUAUACAUUUUUUUUCUCACUGUCCGGUAAAUGAUUGGAGAAUGAGAAUCUAAUGGCAAAGUUCUGCAUGUUUUUACCGUCACCUUUUACCACAAGGUGGAGCUCUUUGUACAUGUCUACAGAGUUCAGCCCCACAGUUGCUUUGACUUAUUUGACUUUUUUUCAAGUAGGACAACAUUUUAAUGAAAUAUAUUCUAAAUUGUGCAUCAGAACGUUUAUUUACUUAUUUUUCCUAUUUCUGACACCUUAUCUGUGCCUUGAAUACUCAAGUAGAAUACCUAUUACUGUAUGUGUAUUACAGCUAUGGAAUUACAUGUGUAUUACAUGAAUACAAUUGUUCAGACCAAACCGGUGAAAUUAAAGUUUGCAUUCACUUGUACACUGGUCUUGGCUACAGUGGAGUAAGAAUACUAUGUCUCAGGUUCAUUAUAGGUGCAAUAAGGCUUAAUGUAAUGCUAGAUUACUAUAGCAUUAUUAUAAAGGAGAGGUUUUUACAGGAUAAAUCCUUAACUCAGGAACUGAAGGGUUAAAUGCAUAACGUAAUCUAUAAGGAGUUUGCACAUGCUCAGUGUGUUCCCUCUACGCAGAGGUAAUGCAAGGGUUUGAGAAGAUCUGAGACAGAUGAAAACAGCUGUACUUGAAGACCCAUAAUGCCUUUCGGCUGGCAUACUGUUCUGAUUUUCAGGCUUUGCAGUACAUCCACAAUGGCUACGCGAAAUCGCUACGCGAUCCUUUAAUAUGCACCCUGCUGAAAAAGCCGAGGAAAAGGGUACCACCGGACCAGUCUCAAAAUGACCACCGGCUUCAGCUCGAAUUCAUGUCGAUUCGCAGAUUAUUUUGUUAUCUGCGGACUUGACACUGAAAGCGGGCUUGAACCAGACGAACUGUCAGCUUUAUGCCAGUAUAUAGAGGCUACUAAAUUCAGAGAUGGGGCCAGAGGAUUGGCGAGUGCAGAUGAAGGUGAGAAUUUUGAGCAGAGUCCACUGCGGAGAACCUUUAAAUCCAAAGUUCUAGCACACUACCCAGAGAAUGUGGAGUGGAGUCCCUUUGACCAGGAUGCCGUUGGCAUGCUGUGUAUGCCAAAGGGUCUGGCCUUCCGCACGCAGGCGGACACACGUGAGCCUCAGUUCCACUCCUUCAUCAUCACGCGGGAGGACGGCUCGCGGACGUACGGCUUUGCCCUCACUUUCUACGAGGAGGUGACCAGCAAGCAGAUCUGCAGCGCCAUGCAGACCCUGUACCACAUGCACAAUGCCGAACAAUACGACAUCCUGCACACCCCCACCACCCCGCGGUGCCCUGAGGACCAACGCCACCUCCAUCCCCACCCUCUCAACCCCCACCCCCAACACACGCUCCUCCCCACGCCCUCCAUCUCCCGGCUGCAGCGCUUCAACUCCUACGACAUCAGCCGCGACACGCUCUACGUGUCCAAGUGCAUCUGCCUCAUCGCGCCCAUGGCCUUCCCCCAGGCCUGCAGGAAGGUGCUCCAGCAGCUCCACCAGGCCGUCUCCUCCCCCCAGCCCCCACCCCUCCCCUUGGAGAGCUACGUCUACAACAUCCUGUACGAGGUGCCCCUGCCUCCCGCUGGGCGCUCCCUGAAGUUCUCGGGGGUGUAUGGCCCAGUGGUGUGCCAGAGGCCCAGCACGGCAGAGCUGCCUCUCUUUGACUUCCCUAUCAGCCAGGUGUUUGAGCUGCUGGGGGUGGAGAACGUCCUCCAGCUGUUUACCUGUGCCCUGUUGGAGAUCCAGAUCCUGCUCUACUCACAGCAUUACCAAAGGCUGAUGACUGUGGCCGAGAGCAUCACAGCCUUAAUGUUCCCUUUCCAGUGGCAGCAUGUCUAUGUGCCCAUCCUGCCCGCCUCACUGCUGCACUUCCUGGAUGCCCCAGUGCCCUACCUGAUGGGCCUGCACUCCAACGGAGAGGGUGACCGCACCAAACUAGAGCUGCCCCAGGAGGCCAACUUGUGUUUCGUGGACAUCGACAACCACUUCAUUGAGCUGCCAGAGGACCUCCCUCUGUUCCCCAACAAGCUAGAGUUCAUCCAGGAGAUCUCCGAGGUGCUGUUGGCCUUCGGUGUGUCUCCGGAGGGGAACCCGCUCCACAGCCAGGGCCAGGCCAAACACUGGGGCUUCCGCUCCACCGACAUGGUCACGGACAGACGCAACGGCAACCUGGCCAGCUCGCCCCUCAACUCCUACCUGCUGAGGGAGAACGAGACCAUCGCUAGACUGCAGGCCCUGGUCAAGAGGACUGGGGUCAGCCUGGAGAAGUUGGAUGUGAGGGAGGAUGCCAGCAGCAACAAGGACCUGAAGGUGCAGUGUGAUGAGGAGGAGCUGAAGAUGCACCAGCUCAACAUCCAGGUGCGAGAGGUCUUCGCCAACCGCUUCACCCAGAUGUUCGCCGACUACGAGGUGUUUGUCAUCCAGCCCAGCCAGGACAAGGAGUCCUGGUUCAGCAACAGGGACCAGAUGCAGAACUUUGACAAGGCCUCCUUCCUCUCUGACCAGCCUGAGCCCUACCUGCCCUUCCUGUCCCGUUUCCUGGAGACUCAGAUGUUCGCCUCCUUCAUCGAUAGUAAGAUCCUUUGCCAUGAUGAUGAGGACAAGGAACACACGUUGAGGGUGUUUGACUCCCGAGUGGACAAAAUCCGCAUGCUGAACGUGCGCACGCCCACCCUGCGCACCUCCAUGUACCAGACCUGCACCAAUAUCGACGAGGCGGACAAAAUCCUUCAAAAGCGAUAUGAGAAAAUUGAUUUUGUCUCCCCUGAACCUCACUCCAUUGGGUUAGAGAUCUACAAGGCUCACCUUAAGAAGGCCAUAGAGAUGCGGGUGGUUAAGAUCGACCACACGGCCCUGCAUCCCCACCUGCUGGAUAUGAAGAUUGGCCAGGGUCGCUACGAACACGGCUUCUUCCCCCGGCUGCAGUCUGACGUGCUCUCCACUGGACCCGUCAGCAACAAAUGGGCGAAGAGGAGUGCUCCAGCACAGUGGAGGAGGAAGGACAGACAGAAACAACACGCUGAACACCUUUACUUGGACAACGACCAGAGAGAGAAAUACAUCCAGGAGGCCAGGAACCUGGGCACUACCAUCCGGCAGCCCAAGCUGUCCAACCUCUCCCCCUCCGUCAUCGCUCAGACCAACUGGAAGUUUGUGGAGGGUCUGCUGAAGGAGUGCAGGAAUAAGACCAAGCGCAUGCUGGUUGAGAAGAUGGGCAGGGAGGCGGUGGAGCUGGGUCAUGGGGAGGUCAGCAUUACAGGUGUGGAGGAGAACACACUUAUCGCCUCCCUCUGUGACCUGCUGGAGAGGAUCUGGAGCCACGGGCUGCAGGUCAAACAGGGUAAAUCUGCCUUGUGGUCCCACCUGCUCCAUUAUCAGGAGAGCAAAGAGAAGACGGAUGCAGCACCAGCCGGUUUGGGUCCCCCAGGUCUCAUCCACAACACAGAGAGACGCAAGUCUGACGCUGGCGCUGCCUUGCCCCCUCUCAAGGUGUCCCUGAUCAGGGACAUGAGACACAUCCAGAACAUUGGGGAGAUCAAGACAGACGUGGGCAAGGCCAGGGCCUGGGUGAGGCUCUCCAUGGAGAAGAAGCUGCUGUCCAGGCACCUCAAAAAGCUGCUGUCUGACCAUGAACUUACAAAGAAACUAUACAAGCGUUAUGCUUUUCUGCGCUGUGACGAUGAGAAAGAGCAGUUCCUGUACCACCUCCUCUCCUUCAACGCUGUGGACUACUUCUGUUUCACCAAUGUCUUCACAACCAUCAUGAUCCCAUACCAUGUGCUGGUGAUUCCCAGUAAGAAACUAGGAGGCUCCAUGUUCACAGCCAACCCCUGGGUGUGUGUGUCUGGGGAGCUGGCUGAGACUGGGGUUCUCCAGAUCCCCAAGCACACUCAGGAGAUCACCUUUGAGUGCCAGAACCUGGGCAAGCUGACCACAGUGCAGAUGGGCCAUGAUAACUCAGGUCUUUACGCCAAGUGGCUUGUGGAGUAUGUUAUGGUCCGGAAUGAGAUCACAGGUCAUGCUUACAAGUUCCCGUGUGGCCGGUGGCUGGGGAAGGGGGUGGACGAUGGCAGUCUGGAGAGGGUCCUGGUGGGAGAGCUAGUGACACCAAACUCAGAGAACGAGGACAGAAUGUGUCGUACGCCCCCCAUGCAGCAGUCCCCUGGGAUGAUGAGGAGGUUCGUCACCAUCUCACCAAACAGCAAACCAAAGUUGAACACUGGUCAGAUCCAAGAGGGAGUGGGAGAGGCCAUCAAUGGGAUAGUGAAGCACUUCCACAAGCCAGAGAAGGAGAGGGGCAGUCUGACCCUUCUGUUGUGUGGGGAGUAUGGUCUAGUCUGGGCUUUAGAUCAGGUGUUCCAGCAUGGCUUCAAAUCCCCACGCCUCUUUAAGAAUGUCUUCAUCUGGGACUUCUUAGAAAAGUCACAAGUGUACUUUGAGAGUGCUGAGCAGAGGGAGGUGACUCCAGAUGAGAACUGGCAAACCAGAGUAUGCCACUUCUGCCAAUUCAUGCGGGCCAUCAACAGCACAUCUAGGAACAUAGGCAAGGAUGGGAAGUUCCAGAUGCUGGUGUGUCUGGGUGCCAGGGACCAUUUGUUACACCACUGGAUCGCUCUCCUCGCAGACUGUCCAAUCACAGUGCAAAUGUACGAAGACACAGCACUGAUAAAGGACCGCUCAUUGGUAAAUUCUCUGAUCAGAGUGCUACAGACUUUGCAGGAGUUCAACAUUACCCUAGAAGCUUCACUUGUCAAAGGGAUCGGUAUCUAGGCCCUCCUUCGUUCGCACCAAUUGGACCUGACUAAGGAAGACUGUUAGGGACCACUAAAGAACAAUUGAACCUUUUUAUGUAGAAAGAGACUUGAACAAUUAAGGGAUGAUUUCUGGCUUAUAUUAAAGCUACUGUUACAUUUGCCAUAUAUUAAGUGUAAUGAGCCUUUCAAAAUGUGUUGUUAUUUUUAUCCUUAAUAAUGUUGCUGUUAGACGUUAAGAAUAUGUUUUCUAUUACGAUCCAUGACUUUCACUUUGUUGAAGAAGAUAACCCACCUGUUGUAUACUACUUUAUUGAAAGCUAAAUAUUUUCAUUGUUAUUGUGAACUGCUGACAAUGGCUAUAUUCUAAAAAGGAAAUCAAGGAACAAAAACUGUUAAUAUAUUUUCGGAGAAGAACAGUAUUAUUUUGAUAUGUAUGUCAAGUUGCUUGCUCUGUUCUAAUUCUAACUGUCAUAAUGCAGAGCUUGAAGCAAAUGAUGUAGAAGUAUGCUUUAUAAGUAUGAAUAUGACAUGGUAUAGAUGUUUGUGUAGGGUGGGAAACUGAUUCACCUACAUCAAUAUGACAGUGUGUAAGUUUGGAUCAAUCCCCCUGGAAGUACCGUAGGAUGCAACUAUUUUAUAUGGAUAACUUGGCCUAAGAAGAGGCUCCUGAAUAAGAUAAUGUAGCGUAUGCUAAUGAUGCACAAUAUGUAUUCAGUUGGAGAAGUAUCACUAUACGGCCAUGUCAGUGCUUCACACUUGACACACAACUCUUCAACAGUACAGUAUUCAUCAUAACCAUGGCUUGGUAGAAAGUGAGUAAUUUAUAAAAUGACAGCCUUUGUGUAAAUACCUCUAACCAGUGCAUCCUUCUUUCCAACAACUUCUCAUUAAUCUUCACCUGUUCUGCCCAUUCCUGGCAGGUUUACAACAUCAUGUCUGUUCAGUAGUGAAAAUUGUAUGAGCUAAUUGCCAGUUAAAUUAAUAAUGUGUGGUACAUAUGGUUGCUAUAAAAGGCCAGAUUCAAAAUAGAACAAACGAUUCUCAUCUGAACUGUUGGCGUUUCUGCUAUGCAAUAUAAUCCACAUCACACAAAAAAAUCAACCCAAGAUCUAGAUGAGAAUCAUUGGACCUCCUCCAUUUUUCUUACUGUGCAGCAUAGGAUGAUGAAUAACAAUAGCAGUUUGAUAGAAGUAGGUGUGAAGGAUGUCUUUCCUGUGCCGAUGUCUUUCCUGUGCCAAUGUCUGGAUUGAGUUGGUUGUACUAUUCCAUGUACAAUCGACAUGAGCAUCUUGGGAGAUAUAUUUUUGUUUUUCAAUACUGUUGUACAUUUGACAUAGCCGUAUAAUGUAGUGUUUACUAAGUGAGGAAAUGUGUACAGUGUAAAAAAUUAAAUAAAGAAUAAAAUUACAGAAAUGCAGUAAUGGA